UAGGAUUGGCACAGUCAAGGGUGGCUACAAUGCUCAGAAUCGUAGAAUAUUGCAAGUGACAACUGACUUCUCGUGGGAAAGAAGGUGAAAAAGACUUGGGGGUUAAUAUAUUACUCUGUCGUUGACGUUUGAGGAUGGAACGUGGAUAAUAUUUAAUAUUCCAAUUCUGAGUUGUUGUUCGAAGAUCUUUCAUGUGGAGAGCUUUGUGGCAAUAAGAUGGAUUCAACAAAGCUACAAGUGUUCACAUCGGAGGACUUGAAAGCUUUCACCAAUAAUUUCAACGAGAAGAACCUGGUUGGUGUUAUCCAGUUUGGAAAAUUAUAUUCAGGAAAGAUUAAAGGAGGCAUGAAUGGAGAAGAAGCCCGAGAUGUGACGGUAAAGACGUGGGAUAGGAAAUCCGAAUCCACGCCCCUCGCAUAUGAUGAGUGCUUGACGGUCAAAGAAGAAGUAGAAUUUUUAACAAAUCCUGCAAUGAAUAGUCAUCCCAGCUUGGCAAAACUGAUUGGUUAUUGCUGUGAUGAAGUAAAGGGUGUUGUUUAUGAUAUCAGUCCACGAGAUACACUGCAUAACCUAAUGGUCAAAGAUUAUCUCAACUGGCAACAGAGGAUGAAUGUUAUUCUUGAACUUGCACGCCUCCUUAAAUUUCUUCAUGGACAGGACAAACCGUAUCUGGUCUUUAGUAUCAAUGCAUCUCAUAUAAUGCUCGAUUGGGAUCUCAAUCCAAAAUUAAUUGAUUUUGGAUUAAUUGGCAAAUGGGUCAUUGGUGAAAUGAGUGCCAAAAAGAAGCAAAUAACAAUACCUACUCGCUGUAUUGAUCCAUAUUUUGCUCUACGAGGAGGUGAAUGGGGAACAAGCUGUGAAGUGUAUUCAUUUGGUGUUAUUCUCCUGGGACUAAUAGCCAAAAGAAUUUCUGAAUGGGAUAAACAGGAACAAGCUGACCGGGUACUCGAAAACCUGCUACAUGUUUGGGCUAAGAUGGAAUAUAAGCCCCAGAGUUCUCUUGUCCACAAAUCCCUGCAAGAAGACUGGGGCUAUCAUGCUGCAGAUGGUAUUGCAAUUACUGAGUUGGGGAUGCAUUGCAUUGAGUUCUUUCCAUUGAACCGUCCUACCAUGAAAGAUGUUGUCGAGCGACUUGAAAAUUUACUUAUGUUUCAACGUCUUGGUGAUUCAAGAUCUCACAAAAGGGACAAGAAGUUUUAAGAUGAUGCAAUGUGCAUGUGGAAUUGAUCAGGUUUUAGGGACUUACACUCAGCUUUAUAUUAUUAUAUUUCUUCGAAGUUUGGAAGUUUUUGUAUAUAAAAGGCGUACAAUCAGGUUUUCUUCACGAUUAUCUUCAAGCUAAUGCAUUAUAAAUCGUUUGUUCACC